ACGGUGUGGCAUACUGACUUAGUGUUUUUUUUCUGUUGAUUGGGAGAAUAGAUUUAGUGUUUGGUUAACACUUAAAAUAGUCGAGUUUUUUUGCUUGUCAUGAGUUGUCUUAGGCACUCGCAACUUCUGUUUAUACAGUCCCGAAAGUGUCUUCGGCUGUUCGCCGAUGAGCUGCAAUGGCUAGGAGUGUCAUAUUUACUGCCUGUAUCGUGUAACAUAAGAGUGGUUUCUCUGUGCACCAAACGAAAAUCUGAACCUAAAAAAGAACACCUCCGAAAACCUAAAACUCCACUUGGCCGUUUUGAUAGUGUUGACGAACCUCAAGGUGGAAAAGAUCCACUAGAACGAUUUCCAAAUGACAUCAAUCCCAUAACAAAGGAGAAAGGAGGACCUAGAGGCCCAGAACCUACACGUUACGGAGAUUGGGAGAGAAAAGGACGCUGCAUUGAUUUUUAAUUCCUUGUAGAAACUAUUAAGUUGUAAUAUACUUUUGGAGAAAAUA